ACUUCGAAGUCACUCCCAGUUACAGAUAUCCAGUUCAUCAUGCGCUUCGCUCUGCUCGCUGUCUUCCUCUUCGGAGUGAUCUUUGCCAUCGUGUCCGCUGGUGGAAACGGAGGAGGUGGUGGUGGCGGUCAAGGAGGCUGGCAGAAGGGCGGCGGAGGAGGAGGUGGUGGCCAGGGAGGCUGGCAGCAAGGUGGAGGCGGUGGCCAGAAGCAUGGAGGCGGCGGAGGCGGAGGUGGCCAAGGAGGCUGGCAGAAGGGCGGCGGAGGCGGCGGUGGUGGCGGUGGCAAGCACGGCGGUGGAAAUGGCGGUGGUGGCAAGCACGGAGGCGGCGGUGGAGGUGGAGGUGGUGGCAAGCACGGUGGCGGCUGGUAAAUCCCCAACAUCCUCGAACGAACCACUGAAAAUACUCCAACGACUCCUCAAUAUCUGAUGCAGAAUUCCACGCAAAAUACAUAAGCAAUGCUUAUGUUGUAACUAAAACACUCGUCAAGUCUCUUUUCCAUAUUUAAUUGUUUUAAUCUAGCAAUAUCAAUUCUUUCUUUGUUUAAUUUAAAUAAACAAUUUCUCUUGCAAAUCAAAAAAA